AAAUGCUGCAAAAACCAAACACCGCACUAAAACCGUAUCUAUACAAUUUGUUGCUAUAUAAUCCAGUGAAAUAACAGGCGGAACGAAUUCCUUAACACAUUCAUUUAUUAGCUUAUCAUUUGUGCCAAAAGCAUGGAGGAACAGGUUAGUGUUAAAGAAAGCACCAUCUCAACAAAUACAGAAACUCCUCCUCUCGAAGAAAACGUUAAUGUUGUUGAGAAUGAAUCAAAUUUGGUUCAAGAACCAGAAGAUCUUAAAUCAAAAGAACUAAAUAUCGAGAAAACUAUAAUAGGUAUAGAUAAAAGUGAGGUUGAUGCAAAAAAGGUUAUAUUAGAUGUAAAGGAUGUUGUGAAAGAUGCAGAAGAUAUUGAAUUAGAUACUAAAAAUGUUGAAUCAGAUAUAGAUUUGCAUAAAUCUGAAUUAAAUGUAGAAAGAGUUGAAUUAGAAGCAAUAAAAGAUGUUGAUACAAAAAAAGCUGAAGAAUGUAAUUUUGAUAUAGAAAAGACUGAUUUAAAAGCAAAAACUGCUGAUUUAGAAACAAAAAACACUGAGGGAGAUAAAGAUAAUGAUUUAAAUACAAAAAUGAUUGUUAUAAAUACAGAAAAGACUGAAAUAGAUCAGUUAGAAACUAAAAAGAUUGAAUCUGAACCAGAAAAAGCCGAGUCUAAAACAAAGGAGAUUGAAAAGGAAAUGAAGAUGGUUGAAGCAGAAAAUGAAAUAGUUGAGGUUGAAACAGAAAUAUUUGAAUCAGAAACAAACAAGGUUGAGUGGAAAACGAAGGAGGUUGAGGAAGAAAUUAAGAUGGUUGAAGCGGAGAAUGAGAUAGUUGAGGUAGAACCAGAACAGAUUGAUGAAGAAACAGAAAUGGAAAAUGUUAAUGAAGAAAAAUCUCACCAAGACAAACAGAUAGAUGAAGAAGAUAAAUCAGCUGAAAAUUCAAGUUUAAAACGGGAAAUUUCUGCUUGUAAUUCUGAUUCGGAUACAGAACCACCAUGCAAAAAGAUUCAUACGGAAGAUUCAAAAGAUGUUUCAACAGCCGAUGAGGAAUCAAAAACUGAAAACCCAACCGAUAAACCUGCUUUUAUGCAUAUCGAUACCGAAAAGGAACAAGAUAAAGGGUGCAAUACAACCGAACAGGAUGAAGUUGCUGUUGAUCCUAUCGGUGAAUCAUCUUCUGAUUGGACAGCUGAUGAUGCGGAAUGUAUUAUUCCAGAUACUAAUCAAAAUCAAGAACAUAAUUACAAUCAAGUAUCAAUUGAUGAUCAAUCCGUUUCUAACAUUAAUGAAACAACUGAUGAUACAGAAACAAUUGAUGCUGUUGAAUAUCCUGAAUGGGAUGGAAAAUAUGUGGUAAAUUUAUCCAAAGGGGAUGAGCAAAAACAGUGUAUGAUGUGUAAUGCGGAGAAUGUUCCGAAAUAUACAUGCUCAAAAAAUAAAAAUCAAAUGUACAUAUGUUCUGAAGAAUGCCUAAAGCAACUAAAAGAACAAAAUGUCGAUAACAUUAUAGUGCGUGAUUUGCGCGUUAAAAACUUCUCCACGCCAGUCGUGGAAGUUGAAGAAGAUAAUUUUCGUUCAUGCGGGGAAUGUGGGACGAGAUUAACAAGUGUAGAAACGUUUAUAUCAUGGGAGUGUUUAGAAUUUUGCGAAAUGAAAUGCUUAAGAAGUUAUCAAAAAAAAAUUGGUUCAUUUUGUGCAUCAUGUAAGAAUCAAGUUUCGGACGUUUAUCUUGGAAAAUAUUGCGUACGCUUCGGCUUCGACGUCCGUCAAUUUUGUUGCGGAACAUGUUUAACUGAAUAUAAGAAAGGUUUAAAAUCAUGCUUGUUUUGUCGAGAUCAAAUGGAAAUUCCCGAAACAACCGAAGAAGAAGCAACAAAAAGUAAAGGAUCCGAUUUUUGCUCGAAAACAUGUCGCGAUAAUUAUAUCAAUUUAAAAGAAGGUAUUAAAGAAGAUGGUCCUUGUUCUGUUUGUCAUAAACAAAAAUUGAUUGAAAUUGAAUUUACGGAUAAAGUAAAAGAAUCUCGAUUUUGUAGCGAACCUUGUUUCAAAGCUUUUAAGUAUGUCAAUAAUAUUUCCCCAGUUCGGUGUGGAAUGUGCACGAAAUAUUAUUACAAACAAGAUCUUAUAUUGUAUAUGGUUAAUUCAAAAGGGAAUAUUGUAAGGUUUUGUUCGAGAACGUGUCAAAACGUUUAUAUAAACAUUAAUCGCAAAAUUAUUUCUUGCUGUUGGUGUAAGGUAAAAAAGUAUAACUUCGAUAUGAUUCAAAAAUUUGAAGGCGAUCAAUGUACAAUGUGGUGCUCAUUGAACUGUCAAGUGUUAUAUGACGCAACAUCACAUCGUAAAUUAGAAAAACGAAAAUGUAAUACAUGCUCAAACACGGGUGAUAUGAUAUAUCACAUCACUACUAAUAGCGGGUUGAAGAGUUACUGUUCGUAUAAAUGCAUAAAAAAUAUUCCAUGCAACCAAGUUUUACGGGUUGCUGAUAUUAACGCUGUUCCUAGUUUUAUAAAACGCGUUGCGAAAAAAAGUUUACGAAAACAAAGCUUACCAGCACAAACCACAGCUUCUCAACUACCCAUUAUUACUAGUGUCCGUUCGUUAGCCAACGAACAAAAUCGUAAUGUACCAUCAUCACCUCCACCACCACCACCGCAAGAAAUAUCAUCACCAGAAAUCGAGAAACCCAUCAAAUACGUUGUUGUGGUACGUCCACCAGAGCAACCUGAAGUCCGCAACGUUAUGACCAGCGCUAAAGCUGAAACAACAAACGCAGAAACCUCCGCGAAAGUUGUCAUGGUUGACCAAGAAACCCAAACCGAUCUUUUUAACCCAACGGAUAUUGAAGUUUUACCUGUUCCUGUAUACAUUCCACAACCUAUACACAUGUUUAAUUUUAUCGAUUUAAAACCAAUACCUUUUCCUUUACCAAUUCCAGUACCCAUGUUAAUACCUAUGACAAAAACGGGAACGAGCGGAAUCCUUAAAGAAUUUAAAACGUCCCAACCCACACCAAGCGACCCAUACGAACAAGAUUUAUUAGUUAUGGCUCAAUUAGUAGCCGACGCGGAUGACAAGGAAGCAGAGGAAGACCAACAACCACCAGAAUCCGAAACGGAAGAUAACGGAGCAGACGAAACAUCUUAUAGCCCAGAAUCUCAAGAACCACAAAGCACUGCUUUUGGAGACGACGUUCUUCAAUUCGCUUUAAACAUCAAUUUCACCGAACCCGCCGUUGAUUUAGAAGGAGCCCUCACCGCUAACACAAUUACAGCCAAUACUUCAACCCAAUCCGAAGAAACAAGUCCACCUAAACCGGUAAAAAAUACCCGCGGAUCUAGACGACGUGGCCGAGGAAGUCGCGGUGGUAGAGGAAGAGGUAGACCAAGUAACGUGCAAGAACCCCCCGUGGAAAAAGAUCCCUCCCCUGAACCACCAUCGGAACCUGCCGAGAAACCAGAUGCAAAUAUGUGCUUAAAGUAUACGUUCGGGGUAAACGCUUGGAAACAAUGGGUAACGAAUAAAAAUCAAGAAUUAGAAAAAACAUCGCGGAGAGUGAAAUUAUUUAAAACAGAUUUGCUUCAAUUAACAUCUGACGAAUUAAAUUUUUCGUUAUGUUUGUUUAUAAAAGAAGUCAGAAAACCAAACGGAUCCGAAUACGCCCCGGACACAAUUUACUACCUAUGUUUAGGAAUUCAACAAUAUCUCUUUGAAAAUGGGAGGAUCGAUAAUAUUUUUUGCGAUCCCUAUUAUGAAUCAUUCACCGACUCACUCGAUGAAAUAUGCAAAAAAUUCUCCACAUUAUACAACGACUCGCAAUACAUUGUAACGCGCGUUGAAGAGGAACAUUUAUGGGAAAGUAAACAAUUAGGCGCUCAUUCACCUCACGUUUUAUUGAGCACUUUAAUGUUUUUUAAUACAAAACAUUUCAAUUUAACGAAUGUCGAAGAACAUAUGCAACUUUCAUUCUCUCACAUUAUGAAGCAUUGGAAGCGAGUACCAAACACUCCGGGCACAUCGAAAAAUACAAGCUCAAGAAAUAUUUUGUUGCGUUUUUAUCCGCCUCAAACAGCAGUAGAAGGUAAUCGCAAAAAGAAAGUUUACGAGCAACAAGAAAACGAAGAAAACCCAAUAAGAUGUCCAGUAAAAUUAUAUGAAUUCUAUUUGUCUAAGUGCCCCGAAAGCGUUAAGACACGUAAUGACGUUUUUUAUUUGCAACCGGAACGUUCUUGCGUUCCAGACAGCCCCGUUUGGUACUCUACCAUGGCACUUGGGAAGGAUGGAUUAGAGAAAAUGUUACAUCGUGUUAAAAUGGUCAAAGAAAUCAAUGUUGCACUUUUAUCUACUUAAUAAGUCAUAUAGAAUUGUAUAUUAAAUAAAUAUUUUUUUGGCCUUA